GUCAAAAUCGAAUUAGAAAAAUAGACUUUUAUACUAGAUUUAACUUUUUUCUCAAAAUGUGGCUGAGAUAUUUGUUAGUGCUGCUUUUUAUUGUACAAAGUGGGCUAACCAACGAAUACCAAGACCUGUCUGAUAACGAAUUCGCUGAAUUUGAAGAUUUCGAAGUCGAAGACGAUCCAGUCAUAUCCGAAGAACAAAAUCAUCAUGCUUAUGCCUCGCAAAAAUCGUCAGACGAAAAAUUAUUAGAAGGGGAUGAUGAUGGAGACGUUGUUGUAGACGAUGACGAUUCCGAAUUCGAUCAUUUUCAAGAUGUGGAGGAGUUUGAAGGGUUUGAAGUCAAAGAUGAAACCGUAAAAACAGAACCGAAGAUUACCAUAGCUAAAGUCCCUGUUAAUUUCAGACAGAACUGGGACAGUUAUUACCUGGAAAUACUCAUGAUGUCAGGUCUAAUAGUCUAUUUCAUAAAUUUCGCCACAGGGAAGAGUAAGAAUAGUAGAAUAGCGAAUACUUGGUUCAAUACUCACAGGCAAUUAUUGGAAGAUAAUUUUUCUUUAGUCGGAGAUGAUGGAAUUGUAGAUAGAAACGAGAAUGUCAGUCUAGUCAAGGAGAGUGAGAAUGUGUUUACACUUUGGUGUAGUGGAAGGUCUUGUUGUGAAGGAAUGCUUGUAGAGCUGAAAUUAAUCAAGCGCCAGGACUUGCUAGCGAUUCUGGCAGGCAUCAUGCGCCCUACCAUGGACCAGCUUCACAUAACCAUCAGAAUGAACAAAGAAGACAUGGACUCGUUCGUAUUCUGCCUGGCGGCCAAAAAAACCGCCGUCAACCUGGUCAAGGACAUGGAGGAUUUGUCUGUUUAUUGCCCGGAGCGUAAGCCGGGCCAAAAUUACAACAUCACCGGACCCUUUAAUGUGAUGAGCGAAAUCGCGGAGGCCACGUCGGCCAUUUUGGACCAUAAAAUGUCGGCUGUUAUUAAUAAGUAUCCCGAAUAUAUCGAUUAUAUUCAUAUUUCGGAUCAGUAUUCUGGUGCCAAACAGACCGAGGAUAGCGGCGCGUUGAAAUUACCUGAGACUGAAAAAGUGAUUAUGUUCGGAUUUAAUUUGCCCAUUAAAGGGAUGCCUCUCGAAGAGGCCUGUAUGAAACUUACGCCAUUAAUGAAUAUGGUAUUCUACUGUAUGGACAAGGUGAAACGUAUCAGACUGUCAAAAGAAGCCAAAACCAAAGCAGAGAAGAAUCGUCAGAAGGUCGAAGCGAUCUUCCUGAAAUGCACGCACGCCGCCCGCGCAGAAGCGGCGGCGGCCCGUAAGGAGGAGAAGCGGCGACAGGAAAAGGAGAAAGUCAUGGCCGAAGAGGAUCCGGAACGUCAGCGACGUUGGGAACUGAAGGAGGAGAAACGACAGGCGAAGAAACGGGGGCCAAAAAUGAAGCAAUUGAAAGUCAAAGCACUUUAAGAAAUCUAUUCGAUCUCUUUUUUUUUGUAUUCUACAUGAUAUGUAGUUGUUUUGUUAGAACAAUAAAUUAUGUAUUUAAA